CCGCCAUCGCCCACACCAUGGCGCCCACCACCACCACCACCACCGCCGCCGCCGCCGCCGCCUCUGCUGCUGCCGCCGCCAUCUCCACCACCAAGAAGAAGGAGGCCACGGGCGACAGAGGGACCAAUGACAGAGCUACAGCUUACCAUCAUGACCAGGUCAUUGCCUCUCUCCACAACCUGCAGGCCGGCCUCAUCCACGUCCAGCACGGCAUCACCGACCUCCUGACCAACUACCGCAAGCACUGCGCCUCGGUCCUUGGCGGCGAGGAGGGCGAAAUCCCCCCCUUCAAUGAUGUCGCUGCUGUCGCUGCCUCGGUCAUGGAGGCCGGUCGCAAUGCCGUCGACGAGACCAAGCAGCUGGUCGUGCCGCUCGACAAGUCGGUCGAGGUGACCAAGGGCAAGAAGCGCAAGCGCGAAAAGAAGGAAAAGGACCCCAAUGCCCCCAAGAAGCCCCUCACCGCCGCCUUCCUGUACCACCAGCAUGCGCGCCCCAUUGUCAAGGCCGAUCUCGAGGCUGCGCUUCCUCCGGGCGGCCAGAUUGAGAAGAACGCCGUUCAGAUCGAGGUCAACAAGCGGUGGAACGAGCUCCCUGAAGAGGAGAAGGAGCAAUGGAAGGCUUCCUACCGCAACUCCAUGGAGGAGUACAAGGCCGAGCUGGCCGAGUACGUCGCCAACAAGGGCAUCAAGGCCACGGAGCUCGUCGAGGAGGACGAGGCUUCCGACGAUGCCGAACCUGAUAUUGAAGCCGAGGUGGGCGCGGCAGACACGGAAGCGUCUUCUGAGGAUGAAGAAGAGGCUCCUGCAAAGGCUCCCUCUCCACCUGCAAAGACGCCGCGCAAGCGCCAGAAGACGACUCCAGCCACAAAUGGAAACUCUGCUCCUGUCGCCAUUGCGCCCGCUGGCUCUGGCUCAACCCCAGUUCCUCUCCCCAGCUCGCGCACAACCUCGCAAGCUCCAGCGCCUGCCGUCACGGCCGUUGCUGAGACACCGGCAAAGAAGGACAACAAGAAGAAGAAGGAAAAGGCUGCGCCUCAGCCCAUUGCUCCUGCUCCUGCAGCCGCUAAUGACGAGCCUGCCCCUGAGGAGACUGGUAACAAGAAGAAGACCAAGUCGGGCCGCACCACUCGUAACACCGAGGCUGACGGCGACAAGGAGAAUGCCGCACAGGAGAAGGCUGAAAAGGCCGAAAAGGCGGGCAAGGAAAAGAAGCGCGAUCGCAGCAAGCGAAAGGUUGACUCUACUUGAAAAAAAUUUCUCUUCAUCAUGACGACGUGUAUAUCUUUUUAUUUUGGAAUGGGAUGGGAUGGGAUGGGAUGAGCCAGAGCAAACUUCCGUGUAAGAAUAAGUCGAGCGAUGGAAUUGCUUUGAAAAAGAAGGACAUGAACUUUUCUUCACACAGGCUAAUGACGUGAUUGACGCGUUGUUGAGUUCUCUCUUCCCGGCUUCUUUCUUCUCUCAGUCUUGUUGCAUUUCUCUCUCUCUCUCUUCUUCUUCUUCUUUCGUCGCUUUGUUUCCAUGUCUUGUCUGCGUAAGUAGCGUGAGAUUUUUCUUGCGUCACGUAUCAAUCCAAUCUAGCAUG